AUGGGUAAGGUAAAGCAAGCAAUAUGUGAAAUUUGCGACGAAACCAAAUACUGUUUCUCGGUGGUAAAAAUUGAAAAACCCGUGGAAUCGGUUAAAGAAGCAGACGACGUCUGCAAGUCAAGGAACAACUUCAGCUACCUGCUAGAAGCUCGUAGCAAAAAGUUGUACGACAGCCUUAAAUCGGUGAUUAGCAAUGCUUCACAUGUCAGCAAAACGGUUUACCCGUUGAAUGCUUACUUCGAAACGAAAGAAAAUUUUCAGAACAUCGUAUACAAGGAGGUUCCAGCCAAUGUUCCGAGAGAAAGCGGCUUAACGAUUUCCGAAACAUCUUACAAUUACGUUUAUGCUACGUAUUAUUCAGGAAAGCGACAAUGGGAAUUUAAAACAGCGGAUCACGAACAAGAUCACUCCAUCGUCUGUAUGCUCCCAAUUGAAAGUUCCGAAUGCAAAAGGCCAGUUUACAGUAGCAAAAAAAAGUUAGUUCUUUCCGCUGGUGCUAAAGUUGAGGGUGCUGCUAAAAAUAAGAGAAAAGAGGACCAUGAUUAUGACAACUAUUUCAACUAUAUCAAAGCAAAUAAAGUUUUACCAGAGGAGAAGGUGUGGGAAAUAGUUGUAUCAAUGAUGGGCGCUGACUUUCCGCCUAACAUUUCAAAACUCAAAUCAGACUUUAAGAGAAAAUUAUUAAGAGUGUACAAAAUACAUAAAAAUAAUUUAUUUGGAUUGACGUUUAAAAACUUCAAAGAAUCAGAUUUUGAUUUUAAAACUUAUCAAAAAUACAAACAAAUUAUACAAUAUAUCAAUUCAAAUUUUUGGAAAACGGAAGAUUGUAAUGGAACAAUACAUUACAAACCAAUCGGUUUUGCUGAAAUUGCCAACAAAGCCAAGGAUUGGUUUCUAGAGAAGAUUAAAUCGCAUGAUAUCAGCAAGUUAUGCAGAGUGAUUGAUUUUUUAAUUGACCCAUAUAAUUAUACACUCGACGAAGCAGCUGAAAUCGGCAUACCAAAGCCUUUUUCAUUGGCUUACACAUCUGGCCAUAUAAUCUUUCAAGCAUAUAUGCCUGGACAACAAUCCAGAGCAUUUAUUUUUAAUGUCUGCAUGAUGGUACACGAUUUUCUUACUCCAAUUCUCAGAUUUAACUGGGCCGAAUAUUUCGGUAGAGAGCGUAAAGAAUUGUUCAAAGGAAUAGAUAUGCAAAUCGUUGGAGAUCUCGUCGUCUUUAGCAAAGAAAAUUUUUUUGAUUACUCCUCAGUCAUGCUGGAGAAGGCUAACGUACCACAAAAAAAACAUUUUAAAUAUUUGGUGGCUUUUGGUAAAAUAAGCGCUGCUAUAAGAGAGGAAAAAUUGAAUAAAAAUGCCCUGGUCGGGAAUAUUAAAAACAGUCGAAUAAUAAAUUGGAAGGAUUUAAUAAAAAAAAAUGAAACGACGCAAAGAAUUAGAAAUUUGAACUUUAAAAAAGUUGGCCAGGUUUACACAGCAUUAAAUGGUGAAUUGGACAUACUUGAUAGAAACAAGGCGAAAGAGUUAGGCCUGCUGUUGACUAACAACCAAUUGGAGGACGUGAAAUUAGCAUUAACAAAAUUUGACAAAAAUAUAAAACAAUUACAUUUGAACGCAAGUCAAAUGAUUGAAAAAUUUUACGGAGAUUCUGAUGUAAAAUUUGAACACGCAAUUGCGAAAAAGAUGGUAAGUUUAAACGUGAAACACUCAUCAGUUCAUGCAAUAAAAAAUCUAUUAAAAGAGAAAAAAUUUUCAAACAAUAACCCAUUUGAUGUGUACGUCGAUGAGUUGGCAAAAAUAAGCGUAAGCCAGUCAGAUUGGAAUAACGUAGUACAGAGGGUUGGAGAUAACUACAUGCCGCAUGAGAACGUUGAUCAGACAAAAAUUUACUACAGGAAAAACUUCGAAUACCAUUGUAUGGUUAUCUACAAAGCUGUUUUAUCAUGGUACGAAGGACAAAGUAUGUGCGCAGAGAAUAAAGGAAACAUGAUAGUGUUUAAUGAUGAGUAUCCAGUUAGUACCAUAAGCACUCCAGAAAUAUUUGCCCUUGACGAUUUCAAGUCUUUCUGGGUUGGAACUACGAAAAACGUUUGGAAAUGGAGAAGUAAAGGCUACGGUAUGGUGUGGAGUGCCUUUUCAGAAUAUACAGCAUUCUCGAAACCUUCCCAUUACGCUUACUUCCAAUCUGGUCCAGAAGAGGCAGGCUGGUACGUGUCUGACGCCUGGGACCAGGAAGCUAGUAAGGAAGCCAUCAUCUGCAUGUACAAAAAAUCUGCUCAAGGGAAAAUUGUGGAAGAUGAUUAUUUCCAUGAAUUAAAAACUUCGUAUCAAACCUUCGUUGUAAACCAUGCUGAAAACCUAUCUCUCCGCUUUUUUUACAAUCCUUUACAAUCCAAAGAUAACAAUAAGUAA